AUGUCAGAUAGAGGUCUUGAACUUCGAAUCUGGAAAAAUAAGUUAUACAAUUUGCAGCGUGAAGCUCCUUCGCCACAUGUAAUACCCUGCAAUCGAGUUUUAAAUCAUUGCCCACCCCAGUAUGGUAUUGAAUAUCAUGGCCCAAUAUCGCGUCAGGAAACCGAAGAGCUGCUUUCUAAUGCACAUGAUGGCUCUUACCUUAUUAGAGACAGUCAACGUGCCGAAAACGCCUAUACCUUGGUCAUUUGGUUCGAUAAAGUGGCAAAAAACUUCAAGUUGUAUUUUGACCCCAUAACCAAGCAGCACUUUGUUGGAGAAACUAAAUUUGACACUGUAGAACUCCUUGUCGCUGAUGGCCUUAUUCAUUUUUAUGUGGAAACACGCGGAGCAGAUGUUCUUAAAAGAAUUGCAGAAGCCAACAUCUAUCAAAAGACGCCGUUUUAUAAGGUUCGUUAUCACACUUUCAACUCUCAGGCAGUAGAAGCAUGCCUUAGCAUAAAGUCCUCUGAAAACAAAGUGAUGAAUAACGAACGUCCUCUUCCUUCUCCGUUAAAACACCUCCAAGCUUCUCAACGCUAUGCAAACACUUCCAAACAGUUAUCUUGUCGUCGUCAGUCUAUGGAUGCAAGUCAUCUUGAUAGCCGUUCCAAAUAUCAGUCCGUCGUUUUUACGAAACCACUCAUUCGUGACUGGCCUGAUGAUAAAAAUGGGUUCAAAAAUUACCGGAAUUAUCCCCCUCUGGCUGUUCAACAGUCUAAUGUUUGUAGCCCAAUACAACAACAAACUGACCCAAUAACUACCACCUCUACUUUUGAAGUAGGUUUUUCUCAUCUAAGGUUGGGACCACAAGAAGAUAUGCAUGAAGUUGUGAGCAGCACACAGUCUUUCUCUGGAGUUACUUCAUCUCACACAACACAAGCUUCCAGUCGUAGUACAGUAACAGCAACUAGCUGUGCGACCGUUGUUAAAACUAUUUCUUCAAGUGACCAAUGUUCUUCGGUUAAUUCAGUUUUAAUUCAAGCACCUCUUGCCACUUGUUUUUCUGGGGAAUCAAGCAGUUUAAGUUCUUGUACAAAUAGUAGUUCUAGUAGCCACAUGGGUCUUCUACCGAGUGCUCAGUCAUAUGAGUUGGAAUCUGAAUUUUCUUCCGAAUCAUUUGGUCCAAGACAUAUUUCAUUUGGUAGUAAUUUAUCUGACCACUAUUUUUCAAACGGAGUUUCAUUUCAAAGUUCCAAACUUAAUGGGAGUACGUCAACUUCUCCAAAACAACAGCUAAAUGAUUUAUCCUUUACAGAUUCUGACUAUGCACAAAAUGAUGCUAUGCGUAAUCUUCAGGAACGAUAUAACUUGCCUUUGGCUUGUUUACCUGAUCCAUGUACUUUUAUUUCAAAUGUCAAACCACAUAAUUUUAGGAUUCAUACUUAUCGUGGACCUCAUUGGUGCGAUUAUUGUACUCAUUUUAUAUGGGGGCUCGUUGCUCAGGGCAUGAAAUGUGUAGAUUGUGGAUUUCAGGCUCAUAAACGAUGUGCUGAUCUUGUACCGUGUGACUGUGUACCAGAUAUUAAACAAAUGAAGCGAGUGUUCGGUGUGGACUUGACUAAUUUGGCAAGAGCUGAAAACAAGACUGUGCCAACUCUGCUAAUUAAAUGCAUUCAAGAAGUAGAACGUCGAGAUGGUUUGCGUUGUGAAGGCCUUUAUCGUAUUCCUGGAAAUUAUGAUCUUGUGGAAGAAUUACGUACUGAAUUCGAUAAAGAUCCGGAAUUGGCAAAUGUAUCUGAGGCACGUGUUCGAGAUAUCAAUGUUUUGACAAGUUUGAUUAAAUCAUUUCUGCGUCAAUUGCCUGUUCCAUUAAUCACCUAUGAAGCAUAUCCAGAUUUACUGGAUGUUGUUAGAGAUGAUCGACUGACUGAACAAGAGAAAUUAGAUUUGUUAAGAAAAAUAUUUGCUCGCUUACCCGGUGCACAUUAUGAAAGUUUGCGUUAUUUUAUAAACCAUAUACACAGAGUAGCUGAAAAGCAAGAUGUGAAUAUGAUGACUGCAGCUAAUUUAGCUAUUGUCCUGUCACCUACUCUACUGAGUUCAUCUUAUACUGAUCCUAUAAGUUGUUUAGCUGGAACACUUUUUGAACAUACCUUAAUAGAAUUACUUAUAAAACAUUGUACUUACUUACUUCCAUCAAGCGGACGAUGGUUAGCUAGUAGACCUACUGAAUUAGCAGACAAUGCAAUCCAUUCACCAUCCCAUCGUCAUAGUCAAAUCAUUACCAAUAAUAAUUUUAUUCCACCAGUCACUACGGUAUCACCACCUAGUAUACCAUCUUAUAAGAAAUGGAAUUUUUUAAGAAGUCGAUCAUCCACAGAUACUCGUACAGUGCCAACUUUAUCACCUAUCCCAUGA